UAUUUGUUUGGUUUUCAGACAAAAGGUGUACCUUUAGCUAAAGAUGAGGUGGCCUUGCUAAUUGACCUUAUUGAAGCUAAUAAGGUGAUUACAAGCAAGGCUACAAACGCUGCCAAUAAUCAGCUUAAAGAAGCUGCCUGGACUAAAAUUACAGGAGCAUUCAAUGCAUCUGUAUCAAGUUACCCGCGAAGAACAGAGCAACUUAAAUUGAAAUGGGAGAAUUUAAAAAAAACUGCUCGUAAAAGAUCUACCAAAAUUAGGAUGAACCAAAUUAAGACAGGUGGUGGCAAGCCAGAAUACAUUCCACCAGAUGAUGCACUGGACAGAGUGGCAUCCAUUUUAGGUGCAACAUGUGAGGGUUACACUGUAUCAUUUGGAGGAGAUGCUGAGGUGACGGUAGAUUCCGAGGUGACGGUAGAUUCCGAGGUUUUGAAUGAUGGUGGUGUCGAAAAUGAGAUUGAAUCAUCAGGGAAUAUCCAACAGCUGGUUGUGACAAGUCCGAAACCAAAUAAAUUCUUUUUUAAAUCUCCCAGUGGCAACAAUAUUAGUAUGUAUCUACUGUCAGCAAUUGUUCGCAAUUGUAUAUGAUAAAACACAAACAUAUUUAACUGCUAAGUACUCAUAGAUUAAUAUAUCGACAAAAUAUAGUUAUUAAUAAUUAUUUAAAAUAAGUGUUUGCAUGCUAUGUAUAGGUCAAAUGUUUGUUACUAAUAUUUUAUAUAAGACCUUAAAUACCCAACUAUUUGAUGCAAUAUUGCAUUUGGGUAAUUCACAUUUAUAUGGAUGUGUAAUCUAAACAGUUUUUAGUACAUUUGGGAUGGUCUGGAAAAACUAAUUUACAUUAUUGCAAUAAAACCAAUUUUUUAAGUAAUAAUUAUAUUUAUUUUCAGAUAAAGAAAAACGUAGGCUACUGGAUGAUGACAUAAGGACUCGAGCUGCACGAAAUCAAGCUAUUGCUGAUUAUUAUAUUACUAAAAAGAAGAAAUUAGAAUUAGAAAUAGAACACAUGGAAUUAACAAAUAAAAAGUUAAAAUUAGACUUAGAGCAAAAUAAAGAAGUAUUAAAAUAAAGUUUUGUUUUUCUUUAUUGAAUGAACUUACAAUUACACUUCAAUUCACAGUUAUUCACUCAA